GCGGGCUUUCAGCGUAACUUACCUGUCGUUCUCUGACGGAAAGCGAAUUGUAGCAGAAACGCUGUUUAAGAUUGACAUCAGCACUCUUCACUUGCUACGGAAAAGCCGAAGGAGAAGAUUUUUUGGAUAAAAUAAGUGGAGAGAGAACAGGAGUUUUCUGUCGACCCUCAUAAAGCAUCAUCUCCAGGAUUCAGCUCUGUGUCUGUGAAGAGUAGCAAUGUCUUCUCCUGAAUACUUUAAUGGAGCUGCUGUGAACUCUGGUGUGGAAAAUGGAGGACCACGGAGAUAUGCCUUUGAGCUCACACUGGAUCCAAACACAGUAAAUAACGCCCUGGUUCUGUCUGAGGGGAACAGAAAGGUGAUGGGUGUGGGAGAGAGUCAGUCUUAUCCCGAUCAUCCAGACAGAUUUGAUGAAUGGAAUGAUCAGGUUCUGUGUAAAGAGAGUCUGACUGGCCAGUGUUACUGGGAGGCUCAAUGGAGCGGGCAUGUUUAUAUAGCGGUGUCCUAUAAAAGCAUCAACAGGAAAGGAGGUGGUCUCCCUUGUUGGUUUGGCCAGAAUAAGAAGUCCUGGAGUCUUGAGUGCAGUGAUCACUCAUUCACUGUCUGGCACGAUAAUAACUCCACAUCCAUCUCUGUUCCUUCAGACUCCAGCAGAACUGUAGGAGUGUUUGUGGACGAGUCCAUCGGCUCUCUGUCCUUCUACAGCGUCUCUGACACACACGAACUCACACAAUUGCACACAUUCAACACCAUAUUCACUGACACACUCUAUGCUGGAUUUACAGCACAUUUUGGCUCUUCAGUGACUCUGUGUCACGUUUAAUAACAAACACACACACCAAUUUCCCUCACCAGUUAGCAGCAGAUUGUAGACUAAAUGGCAGUUUUUCUAAAAUUGGUGUGUGUUGCCUGUUAUCUUAAUUCAUACGUCACUGUUUGGGAAGUGUAUUGAGCAAAGCUACCUUUAGCAAUGAGAUCUGCUCUUACAUUUAAACAUCAUUGAAUAUACCACGGCAUUGGGGCACAUAACAAAUGCCCAAUCAUCUAUAACAAAACAAAAACAAAUAUUUGAUAUAAUAAUAAAGUAAAACUUUACAAUAAGGUUGUGUAUUUAGUAAUGCAUUUAGUAUCUUGAACAAACAACGAACAAUACUUCUAUUACAGUAUUUGUUCAUGUUAAAGGGCACCUAAAAUAGUUUACCUUUAGUGUUAGUUAAUGAAAGUGUUUCAUUGUUAGUUCAUGUUAACUGACAGUGCAUUAACUAAUGUUAACAAACAUGAAUGAAUAGAUUUUAAUAACACAUCGUUAAAUGCUGAAAUAUGAUUAAUAAAUGCUGUACAAGUGU